GCCAUGAAACAUGUUGUACGCCUGUAAUUCUGAAAGACAGCACGUUUCCCUAUAACCCCAGGUCUUGAAAACAGGCCCAGGGCCCUCCAAAGAACUGGGACCUUGGCAUCGCUUCAAAUCGCUUCCUGGGCUUUGUCCAAAAGCCACAAAUUUGGAGAAUACCAGGAGAAUACCACAUUUCUUUUUCCGAUGUUUUCCCAUAUUUGGGAUUUCCCAGGCAGCCCAGGCACCAUCUAAACUUCACCAUGACAGUCAUGACAUCGACCAACCCUUCGAAUCCAAACGCAGCCGAGCCGCUCAAAGCUCCCGCCAUGUCCUUGAUGUCACUGCCAAAGAGUACGCCCUCGACCCCGCGAAGCGGGGGAGGCAGCCGAACGCCCAUUUGGACGGAGGACUCAGCUCGAUGGCUAGCAGCGGAACUGCGUGCCGAGCGCCAGGCGAUGCAGGCAAUGCUCCUGGCGCGUCACGAGGCGUUGCUGAAGACAUUGGUGACCAACCAGGAUCCACCGACGAUUUUGGAAGCGCCCAAAUGUGGCAGCCCUUUCCAAGCGAGCCGCCGGCCGGGCUUCACAGGUUCCUCGGGUUCAACUGCGCAGCUGCCGGCGAUCCAGAACCCAGGCAACCCAGGUAGUCCUUCCAAAGCAGAAGCGACGGGUCAAACGGAAGUCAGAGAUAAGAAAGGCUUGCCGAUGACUUCGCCGAAGGUGACCAAACCGCAAAUCGCCACGACCGCGCACUCGGACAGCAGUCUGGGCGAGACUGCGGCUAUUCCCAAGCCCAAGAGAGGAAGUACUAAGAGGUCUUUGGUCUAUGGAGACCGACAUCCGGAUCAGGGCUUGUGGCAUGUGGACUGCUCAUCCAUGAAGAACUUUGUCAGAGGUCCCUUCUUUGAGACCUCGUUUGCGAUUCUCAUCAUGAUCAAUACAAUUUUCAUGGCCCUAGAAUAUCAGUUCAAUGGCCUUUUGGUGGGGCUCGAAAUUGAGUAUCCCAAUCUCAGCACUGUGACCUCGAAGCAUUGGCCCUGGGCAAAGGACACCUUCGAGGGAGCUGAAUGGUUUUUCGGCCUUGCAUUCUCAGGUGAACUGCUCUUGAAACUCGGAGGCUUGCGCUGCGGCUUCUUCAAGGAUCCCUGGAACUACUUGGAUGUGCUGAUUGUCAUGUUUUGGAUCAUCGAUGUGCUCCCAUUGGAUCCCAUGCUCAUUCGUAUUUUACGCCUGGCCAAGCUGCUGCGACUAGUGAAAUUGGCCAAGUCCAUCAAGUCCUUCGACUCGCUGUAUUUGCUCACGGCAUCCAUUGCGAGUAGUGCCUCGGCCCUGGUUUGGUCGGGCGUAUUGAUUUGCAUCGUGCAGCUCUCGGUGGCUCUGGUGCUCAGCACCUUCUUGUUGCCGUACUGUACCGACUUGUCCAUCCCCGAAGGUGAUCGAUUUGAGGUCUACCGCUACUUCGGGACCUUCUCCAGAUCGAUGCUUUCCAUGUUUGAACUGACCUUGGGAAACUGGGUGCCCAUCUCGCGGAUCCUCUCGGAAAAGGUAAGCGAGUGGUAUACCAUUUUCACCUUGGCAUUUCAAGUCAUCCUGGGCUUUGCUGUCAUCAAGGUGAUUACAGGCGUGUUCUUGACGGA